AUGGACGGGCCCUCUUGCACUAGGGCAUUUUUACAAUCUUCGUCGUGUUUAAACGCAUUAUCAUCAGGAAAAGCUGCUGCAAAUGUCGACUUCAGAUAUCCUGCAAGGCAAGCUGUGGAAGUAUUCUCUGGUCUAUCUUUACACAUCUCAAGUGGUAAGCAUGUAGCCUUAGUUGGGAAAAGCGGAUGUGGGAAGUCAACAGUGAUCAGUUUACUAGAAAGGUUUUACGAUCCAGAUGCUGGUGAAGUACAAAUAGAUGGUGUCAGUGUGAAGAGAUUACAGCUCAGGUGGCUAAGGGAAAAGAUAGGUUUAGUCAGUCAGGAACCAGUAUUAUUUGCCACAACAAUAAGAGAGAACAUAGCAUAUGGAAAGGAAAAUGCCACAGAAGAUGAAAUCAACAAAGCCCUUCAGUCUUCUUCUGCUGCAGCCUUCAUCAAAGACUUACCACUGGGUCUAGACACCGUGGUAGGCAAGCUCGGAGCUCAACUCUCUGGUGGGCAAAAGCAGAGAAUUACUAUUGCUAGGAUAAUUCUAAAGGACCUACAGUUUUCCUUCUUGAUGAAAUAA